ACGCCGCUCCGUCUCCGCCGGUAAGGGCAGCCGCUCGCAAUUACAAAGUCAGUUGUGACUCAUCAGGUUCCACGGUGAUUCCUUGAACCAACCCCCCCCCCCACACCCAUUUUGUGUCGUCAUCGGAAAGGUCAACAAGGUAGAGCGCGUCGACUUGCAAGCAGACGUUUUAGGGAGGGUGGGGGCUACGUGAGAGGAAGAUUGGGAGCUGCGUUGUUAACUUUUGUUUAUUUCGAAUAAAACUGACCAUCCAAAACAAAAAGAAAGAGAAAGAAAGCAAAGAGCGAGAGAGAGAGAAAAAAAGAAAGUCAGAAAAACAAACAAGAAAAGGACGGUUUCAUUGGGAUUAAUAUAAGGGACAUGGCUCAAGAAACUAAUCAAACCCCAGUGCCUAUGCUCUGUAGUACCGGUUGUGGAUUUUAUGGAAAUCCUCGCACAAAUGGCAUGUGUUCAAUUUGCUAUAAAGACUUCCUGCAGAGACAAAAUGGAAAUGGCAGAGUUAGUCCGGCAGCUUCCACAGGUGUUGCCAUCAUGGGAGAGUCUUUACCACUCCAAAACUCGGAAAGCAGUACAUCGGAAGUAAUGGCAGCACUGAACUCUGCGUCAUCACCAUCUGAACCAAGCAGCCUUACAUCGUGCCAGGUAUUAUCAAAUUCCACUCCAGUAAAUACCAAAGAAUGCAGCGUAACAGAAGUCGGUCCAGCUCUGUCAAAUGAAGAAUUACAAGGUACGAAUGGAUCUUCCCAGACUUCCACUGAAGGCCAAGAGAAAUCACCGGAGAAGCCAAAACAGAGAAAAAAUCGUUGUUUUCUAUGUCAGAAAAAAGUUGGUCUUACAGGUUUUGACUGCAGAUGUGGAAAUUUGUUUUGUAGCAUUCAUCGUUAUUCAGAUACACAUAACUGUACCUUUGACUACAAGGCUGAUGCAGCUGAGAAACUUAGGAAAGAAAACCCAGUAGUAGUCGGAGAGAAGAUUCAGAAGAUCUGAGCAGCGGAGGACAUGUUGGAUUUCAUAAUUGCCUUCAAUUUAGACUGACUUAAGCUGCUCUCCCCCCCCAUCUCCCCUUCAUCUCUAAACUCUAAUUGGAAUAUUGAGCAUUGAUUCCUACAUAAAUUCUUCAAUCAUGCAUGCUAUCCAAAAUUUCAUUUUUAUUUAAUAUUUUUAACAUUUUUUUCUUUUAAUAUUGUGGCUGGUGAAGCCAGAGCAAUAUGUUAUGUUUGUUUUUAGAUAGGAGCAGUACUACAUAACACAACUGGGUGAGGAAUUCUGUUGUAGUGCUUUUCUAAUAUUUAUAGACAUGCAUGUUGUAACCGAGGAUUUAUUUUAUUUUUUUUGCUAACACUUUUACUCCACGGCAAGAAUUCCUCUGUGCGAGGUCCUCACUGUUGAAUGUAUUGUAAACCUUUUAGGCUGCUUUGUUCAUCUUAACCCCUUUACCGUGUAUUGCUGUGGUUUCUACCCUCGUUCUGGUUAGCAAACUUUAAUAUUUGGAGUCCUAAUCAUUCAUUCGUGCAGUAGACAAAUAUUGCUGUGUUUUAGAUGGCGUAACCUGAGACUAAUUGUAAACGCUGAGCAGCCUUCAUUACUGGAAAGAUUGACAAUUGAAAGUUUUAAAAUGUUAAACUACAUUCUUCAAUUGAUUCAGAUGAAAUAGAGCACAAUUUUGUACCUGUGUAAUGAAGACGUCACAACUCCAUUGUGGGUGUAGAGGUCCGCAAGGCAAACCCCCCCCAACCAAAAAGAACCACUGUGCUUUCUCAAAACUCGCUCUGGUAUGUAUGAACACGAGAGAACCUUAAGCAGUGUUCUAGAUUUGGAGUUGUGUUAAAGUGGGCUGACAGUUCAGUUCGUUCUUGCAGACACCAUAAUCGAGAAACGGGACUGAGGUGACUGUGAAUAGGGGGAUGGCAGUAGAAUUGGCCAAAUCUUAAAAUAGUAAUCCUAUUGCUUGUUGGAAUAAAAUUUCACAUUUUUAUUGUUGUUGGGCUACUUGGCUAUAUGAUAUUUGUAAAUUGCUGAAACGAUACAAGUGCCAAGUAGAAUGUUUGUUAUCCUCCCAAUAACCCAAUCUUUAUUAAACCCAAGGAACUGAAAACUUUUUGCAUACUCUGUAAAAUUUAUUUUAAAUUAGUGCAAAGGUGUAUCGAGUUAAUAUCCAUUAUAAUAGUUAAAUUAUAAGAAAAGGAAAUCCAAACAAAGUAAUGAAGCAAUUCUGGGUCACUAAGCGCUAAGUGCAGUUACAACACUCCUAUAGAGGAAUCGGCCUGUACAUUAUUAAUACAUUGCUUUUUAAUUUUUCCAUGUAAGGUUAAGUUCAGGUACUCCUUUAAUACUUGUGUGGCAUUGGAAUGGCUGUUAUGUUGUAGUAUACUUAUUUUUGUUUUAAUCUCUCUUUCUCUUUCUCUGGCCUUUUCUUGCAUUUAAGAUCUUUACAUGGGCAGUGACAUUGUCUCAUGGUGUGUAUGUCCCCUUUUUGUCACCAAGCAGACACUGCUUUCCCUUUUUUUUUUUUUUUUUUUUUUUUUUUUUCAGGGGGGUGAUCUCAGACCGUCCCUUUACUUUUUAUGACAGUCUGUUUCUGCAGGACAUUUUCAAGAAUUCGGGGCACAGUUGUAUUUUGUUUCGGUGAACAUACAGAACGUUGCCGUGUAAUAUGGCGGCAUGCAUUGGCUGAGGUUGAGGAAAAGUGUUGAUUGAUUAAUUAGAUGAAUAAACAGUCAAAUUACCAGUUCA